UUUCUUUUUAACUUUAUGGGCGGAAGUAACUUAGUGUGUAUAUCGCGUGCAGCUUGGAGGCACCUAGCCGAGUUUGUAGUGAUAAAUGUGGUGAAUUCCUAGCUCUAACUUAGUAGGUAACACUUAACAGAUUACUAAACUUCCGUUCUUUCUGUUUCUGCGUGUCGGUGGAGGCUGUACUGAUCGAAGGAAAGGUUAUCAUAUCAUAAAGGUUAUCGCUUCAAAGUUGCAGGGUUUGGCCUGGUGCAGAAGCAGGAGGUCAUGGAGGCUAGCAGCCUGGAUGAUGACAUGGUGGAUGGAGACCUGGGUGACGGGAUGGGAGUCAGAGCAGCACCCAGCUCCACCAGGAAGAAGAGCCAAAGCUCCACCGGGGUGACAGGAACCUUGCUGCCCGGAGCAGAGCUGCUUAGGCGCAGCAGCCAGGGAGAGGAGGCUGCUUGGAUCCCCAGACUGAAGAUUGCAGAGAGGCAGCAAAGAACCAACUGGAAGCUGCAAUGCACCACAGGCUCCCUGGUCAACAUGUCCAAAGACGAGCUGAAAGACAGACUACAGGAAGCAAGUGAGGUGAUCGAUGUAUUAUGCUGUGAGCUGGAGGUGGCACAUCGUUACCUAGAAGGCAAAUAUGAAGCUCUGAAGAUCUUACAGGGGAAGGCCAUCCUUGACAAAGCCACAAGUCACACUAAAAGUCUGCUGCAGAAGAGUGAGGAGACAGCCAAAGCUCUGGAGAAGGAGGUGAACAGCUUGCAGUGGGAGCUUAGCUUCAACCAGGUACAGAUGAAGAAGUCUGAGCAGUCCUGGGAGCAGAAAUACAGCAGAAUUUUGAGCGAGAACAAGACUCUGACUGACAACCUGGAGGAAAGAGAGUGUGAGAUCCAGCAACUCCGAGCAGAGAAUUCUACUCUCAGUCAGCAGUUCUUGGAGCUUUUUUCCAUGUUGAAUGUGAAGCAGCAGAGGACUUACCAAGGAACCAAACCUCAGUACAGCCCAGAGAGAGACACAAGUGUUCUGGAGCUGGCAGUGUUGGGGGCCUGCAGGUGUCUCGGUGUUACUGAAGCAUGUCCAUGUAGUCGGACGGCUGCUGCCACCAGGAAGCAGCUCGUCCAGCUACAACAGGAGCUUGAUGCUCAGCGCUUGAGGAGAGAGGAGGCACUGAUGGUUGCGGAUGCUUUUCGCAUUGCCUUUGAACAGCAGCUGAGGAAACGAAGUGAACACUUUCUCCUGUUGGCUGAGGCCAACAUCCUAAAAUCCCAUCAUUGCAAGCUUGAAAGUGCUAACAGGAGUCCUUUAAUCAGUGUCAGUCAGAAGUUGAGGGGUUUGCUGCCUUCCAGUUUGGAGAUGAAGAUGCCUGAUGAUCUUUUAGAGACUCUCUACAGACUGCUGGACUUGCUGAAUGACAAGGAAGAGGCGCUGGCCCACCAGAGGAAGGUGAGCAUCAUGCUAGCCCACAGUGCUGAGGAGCUACAGAGACAGUUGCAAAUAGAUUCACAUUACCAGCCACCAGAACCAUCAGAGUCCAGGAUCCCAUCAAAGCAACCACAAGAGCCAUCAGAGAACCACAGCCAACUUCAGCAAACAUCUGAUUCAGCAGAGUCCAAGAUUCAACCACUAAUCCUGUCAGAGUCCAACAUUCAAGAUCAGCAACAACUAGACUAGAGUCCCAGCUUCAGUCAGUACAACCACUACAGGAGCUAUCACAGGCCAAAGGCCAGCCUGUGUUUAACCACAACACCCACCAGUCCUGAAUGUAACAAUCAGACCUAUCAGAGUCCUGAUCUACCCACAUGAUCUAUCAUACUAUAUGCCGCAGCCACAGGAGUCAGCACUGAUUGUGAGACACAAACAUUAGAGUUUGAUUUAUGAAGAUGUGGAUACAGGGGUUAAAUUGGGCCAGAGCCCACCAGAGCUGAGUUACGUCUCCUUCAGUAUCACAGCCUUGCCAGCACUCACACAUGACAUGAAACAUCCACUUUAAUGUAGACUUUGACUUUAUUAAACAGCUGUGACCACCACACAACAACAGGAUCGACACAUGUCUCCAAACUGAGAGUGUCUGUGUGCAGUUUACACAUGUGGCACAGCAGCAGCACAACUUCAUUAAGCAUUCAAAUCUUCUGAUGUGCCAUUACAAUCUUACAGUAGCCUUGUAAGCCUAUGCUUUCCUGCACAGCAAUCAGGUCAGCUGUUACACAAGGUUAUACAGUGAAAUAAUUAGGAACAAGGCAGCUGUACUCGGGAGUCCAGCACCAUCGAAGACCUCUAACUUUUACAUUUCAGGUUGAUUUUCUCUCUCUGACUGUUCAGACAACAUAACCAGAUGAAAGAAGAUCUGAGUCGAUAAAAAUGCUCAUAUGCUCAUCUGAGUUGCCUUCAAUCAUUAAUGUGUGUUCAUAGUAAGAAACUUAAUUAGCAGUGAGUGCAUGGCAGCCUGAAAAGGAACACUGCAGACACUACUCAUUACUAGAAAACAAUUCUACAUUCUCUGAAUAUUUAUGGGGUUAAAACAAAAAUUAGUAGCUACUGCAUUAACAAUACAGAAGCUUAAAUAACAAAUCUGUUUUUGUUAUAUUAACAUUAAUAUAGAAAGGAACAAUAACAUAUUCACUGAUGGCAUUUUUUGAACUUCAUUGUCAUUCACAUAAUACAAGCCCAAUUUGAUAAUUAAUGUUUUAUAUGACAUGAUACAGUACUGGCCAGAUGAUGUAUUCUGAGAUAUAACUUGUGCUUUAACAACCAAAAAGGAAUUGUAAAAUGACUAUGACACACUUGUUUUCUGUCUAUUAAGUACAGCAUAUGGGAUAUUAAAUGGUAAAUGGACUGUU